UUCCUGCAAGACUACGCGGCUCUAAGCUUUUCAAUGGCUUUAAUAUCUAAGUCAUAGUCUUGGGAUUUUAUAUCGGAAUUCAGGAACAACUCCCACCUUUCCCCCCUCAUAACAUUCGCCUUACAGGCUACUUAUUCUUCUAUCUCACGACCGAUAACUGGUAUUUGCUGGGGAAAGGGGCCGGCACCUCUCCUAGCCUCGUCAUUGUCGUCUCAAGUGUAAAUACGGCGGCGCGGCUUGAACCGAGUAGGAUUCAACAAUUUGAAGCUUCGCAUAUCGGAUUUAUUAACUCGUCACCCCCACGAAAAGCAAUUGUCUCAUCAACACCCGAGACAAUUUGGUCUAUAUUAGUAUUUAAGGAAUCGAAGGAAAAGAGAAAUCAUGAGUUCGACUGCCGCCGCCACUGCUACUCCCCCGACGGGGUCUGCACCGCAAGAUGAGAAGAAGAGGAAGGGUGUUGGCAAGGUCUUGUACCGAGUGAAGACCGUUUUCAAGAGGGGUGGUCGUCCCAAGAAGGGCGCUGAAGCUGAAGAAUCGACUGCGCCCACUGCAGUUGUCAGCGAACCAACGGCUGCACCAGCCGCCUCUCCGAAACCCAAGAUUAGGCCUGAGCUGGAGAAUGCUACCAAGAUUCCUCGGAUACAGAUUCAUGAGGAGCGCGCGAAGAAACUUGGUGCAAGAUUCGGGUUGGAGAUUAAGCCAAGUGAAUGGCAUUCGUCGGAGGGCGACGUCUACCGUGUGGAGAAGGAUGUUCGCAUGCGAAUUCACCGCGAAUGCCACCGCUGCCACUCGGCCUUCGGCGCUGGCAAUGAAUGUCCUAACUGUCAACAUAGGCGCUGCAAGAGGUGCACCCGAACCCCACCUAAGCGCACCGAGGAGGAGAGACAGGCUCUUCGAGAAAAGAGGGCCAUCCAGGUUCAGAAGAACCAGUUCAACGCCCCCAUCAUUCCGAGCUACGAUUACUCAGAAAAGAUCAUCCUGAAGAAGCCCAGGAAAACUGGACAGGAUCUUGUUUACAAAGGCAAACCUCGCAUGCGAAUUAGAAGACACUGUCAUGUGUGCGAAACCCUUAUCACAUCGAAUGCGAGAGAGGCGAGGGUUUGCGACAAUUGCGGUCACAGGCGUUGUGGUGACUGCCCAAGAGAACCAAGCGACAAGAAAAAGUAUCCAUAUGGAUAUCCUAACGAUGAACCUGGUGUGGUAUUCAAGGGAGUUUACGCCUGUCAUGAAUGUAAACGGAAAUUCCCGCCAAAUACGGAAGAUGGAGCAGAAUGUCGAGUCUGCUCGCACAAGAAAUGUCCUGAUUGCCCGCGAGUCAAACCGAAGAAAGUGGACCCCGAACCCGAUCCCGAAAUAAUGGAAGCAUUACGGCUUCGUUUAGCCGCCUUAAAGACGGCAGAUACCUAACAUUGAAUACUAUUAUUUACAUCUCACC